AAAGUUGUAGCUUGCAUAUUUCACGGGAGUGCCAUAGCCACUACAAGUUUUCGACUUGGAUACCAGUUGUGUACAUCCAAAUUCUGGUGGGAAGACGCGUGGGCUGCAGUUGCUCUUGUGUUUGAUAUCAUCUGCCUAUUCGGAGUAUGGGCUAAAUUUACUCCAGUUGACGACAAUCCUCGCAUUUAUACCGCCAUGUUCUGGUUACUCCCAAUCACUUUCACCUCUGUUUUAUGGGCGGCGAGAAUAAGCACCAUAUAUCCCAUUUUGCGCAUCGCAAACCCGCGAGGUGCACUUCGACGAACCGUGUAUGCCAUCAUAAGCUCCUUGGGGGUAAUGUGGACAGCCUUGAUUGUUGAGAAGGUGCUCUCUUGCGUGUGUCAUGGGUGCCACAUCGGAUCCGACAUCGCUAUUGCAGAUCUCAUUACCGAUGUGAUAUCUGACCUAAUGUUGGUCAUCACACCUUUGUAUCUCUUACGAGAUGUCAGGCUCACCCGCCAUCAACGAAUUCUUAUCACUUCGGUCUUUUGCGCGUCCAUGUUGAAUACCGUCGUAUCAAUUCCGACUUCCAUUCUCCUUUUACUGGCUCAGAGGUCGAAGGCUACACUGAUAUUUGCGCAUGUCAAGCCAACAACUUCGCUAGUAAUUGCAAAUUUACUUGUUAUAGUUUCCUUUCUGUACCGCCACCUGCGCAACUCCACAGAAGAUCUAGACCAGCCAGCGACAACCAGAACUGUGGAAUUUUCAACUGUCGUUGACCUAGACCAACCCACGGUGGACAAGAACCGGAGCAUUGCGCAGACCUCAUCUAUACCGAUAUGCACUACGGUUUCCACCCAGGCACAUUCUACCUGUCAAGGGGCUGGACAACUUGGUGAAUCACCAAAUGAUUCAUCGCUCUAG